AUGCGCAGGCAGGGGUCGGCAGGCACAACAAGAACAACAACAACAACAACGAAGGCAGAACCAUCACGAUUCGCAGGCAGGGCGGCAGGCACAACAACAACAACAACAAAGGCGGAACAUCACCCUGCGCAGGCAGGGGUGGCUGGCACAACAGCAUCAUCAACAACAACCAAGGCAGAACUAUCAGGAUUCGCAGGCGGGGUCGUCAGGCACAACAACAACAACAAGAACCAAGGCGGAGCCAUCACAAUUCGCAGGCAGGGGCGGCAGGCACAACAAGAACAACAACAACCAAGGUGGAACCAUAACGCUUCGCAGGCAGCGGCAGCAGGCAGAACAACAAUAACAACCAAGGCAGAACCAUCACAAUUCGCAGGCAGGAGCGGCAGGCACAACAACAACAACAACAACAACGAAGGCGGAACAUCACCCUGUGCAGCUAGGGGACGCUGGCACAACAACAGCAACAACAAAAACAAAAACAAAGGAAGAACCAUCAUGAUUCGCAGACAGGGAUCGGGAUCCACAACAUCAACAACAACCACAACCAAGGCAGAACUAUCACGAUUCGCAGGCAGGGUCGGCAGGAACAACAAUAACAACAACGAAGGCAGAACAUCACCCUGCGUAGGCAGGGGUCGGCAGGCACAACAACAACAACAACAACAACAACAACCAAGGCAGAGCUAUCAUGAUUUGCAGGCUGGGGUGGCAGGCACAACAACAACAAGAACAACAACAACAACAAAGGCAGAACCAUCACAAUUCGCAGGCAGGGUCGGCAGGCACAACAAUAACAACAACGAAGGCGGAACAUCACCCUGCGCAGGCAAGGUCGGAAGGGACAACAACAACAACGAAGGCAGAAAAAUCACGAUUCGAAGGCAGUGGCGGGAUGCACAACAACAAAAACAACAACAACGAAGGCUGAACCAUCACCAUUUGCAGGCAGGGGUCGGCAGCCACAACAACAACAACAAAGGCGGAACCAUCACGAUUCGCAGGCAGGGGCGGCAGGCAGAACAACAAUAA